UGAUUGAAGCUGCUGUGACCCGUGACGCAGGGCGAAUUGCGAAGAUGUGAUUUAAGUUCAUGCACACCAUCUCAGCAUCUUUGUCUCUGAUCAUUCACCAGAAGCACAAAACUUCAACUCUCAUCGGUCACUUCCUCAAUACCGGUAAAACCAUCGAUCAUCUGCGACAAGCCCAAGCUGUAUUCCUUAGACAACUCGCAACGCCCCAUCACUACCAAUACUUUGCGGGUCGUCUUCUCCUCCGAAUCCUCCAGUGUCCCGGUGAUAAUCUUCGUUAUGCCUCCCGAGUGUUUGAUCAAAUACCCCGUUGCAGAAAUGGCUUCCUCUGGACCUUGCUCAUACGUAAAUACGCACUUCAUGAUCAUUUCCACCUUUCCAUUUCUCUGUACGCUAGAAUGCACGAAAAUGGGGUCUCGCCAUCUGGGUUCACGUUCUCUUCGGUGCUCAACGCUUGCUGCCGAAUUCCAGCUAUAUCUGUAGGAAAACAAGUGCAUGCGAGAGUUUCACAAUCUGGGUUAUGUAAAAACAAGAUUGUGCAAACUGCAAUUCUUGAUAUGUAUGCAAAAUGUCGGUUAGUAUCUGAUGCGCGAGCAGUGUUUGAUGAAAUGAGUGAGAGAGAUGUUGUUGCCUGGACAGCUAUGAUUCGUGCGUAUACGAAGGUGGGAAUGAUGAUUGAUGCAAUGGGGUUGUUUGAGAACAUGGAGGAAAGAAAUUCAUAUACUUGGACUACUAUGGUUGCUGGGUAUGCAAAUAAUGGAGAUAUGAAAGCUGCGAGGGAAUUGUAUGAUAUGAUGAAAGAGAAGGAUAAGGUCACGUGGGUUGCAAUGAUCGCUGGUUAUGGGAAAUGUGGUGAUGUGAAGGAAGCAAGAAGGGUGUUUGACGAUAUACCGGUGCCGGAUGCCUCAAGUUUUGCAGCAAUGGUGGCUUGUUAUGCCCAAAAUGGUUUUGUAAAGGAAGCUAUUAUGAUGUAUAGCAACAUGAGAGAAGGAAAGAUUCGAAUCACUGAUGUGGCUAUGGUGGGAGCUAUAUCAGCUUGUGCACAACUUAGAGAUGUUCAUUUGUCAAGGACAUUCUCUGACCAACUUGAGGACGAUUGCUGUGGUAGGACGCUUGCUAUAUCAAACGCAUUGAUCCACAUGCACUCAAAGUGUGGAAACAUAGACUUGGCCUGGAGGGAAUUCAACAGAAUGAGCAACAGAGAUGUGAUCACUUACAGUGCAUUAAUCACAGCCCUGGCUGAGCAUGGAAAAUCACAAGAUGCAUUAGAUCUUUUCUUAAAGAUGCAAAAAGAAGGAGUCAAGCCAAAUCAAAUUACAUUUGUUGGAGUCCUCAAUGCAUGUAGUCAUGCUGGUCUUGUUGAAAAAGGGUGUAUGUAUUUCAAGCAGAUGACAUGCUCAUUUGGAAUUAAGCCUUUAUCUGAACACUAUUCUUGCAUGGUUGAUCUGCUUGGGAGAGCCGGGCAACUGGAAAGGGCAUGCAAUCUCAUACAGGAGAGUGCUAGAGAUGAUGCAACAGCUUGGGGUUCUUUGUUAGGGGCUUGUAGGGUUCAUGGUGACGCGGAGCUGGGUGAGAUUGCAGCCAGACGUCUCUUCGAAAUUGACCCAAAUGAUUCUGGAAAUUAUGUUAUUUUAGCAAAUACUUAUGCAUCGAAGGACAGGUGGGAUGAUGUGGAAAAAGUUAAGAAGAUGAUGAGUGAAAAGAGAAUGAUAAAGCCUCCAGGUUGUAGUUGGAUUUAG